CCAGUGAAGCGGAGGAACCAAUGAGUGUGAGACGUUGAGUGACAGCUGUCCAAUAGAGACCCUCAGUGCUGGUACGGAUUGCGGCUUAAGCACCGCGGCGGUCUGAGGAAUGUCAACUAUUCAAUAUGGAGGCGGAGGUCGAUAAGCUGGAACUGAUGUUCCAGAAAGCUGACUCUGAUCUGGAUUACAUUCAAUACAGGCUGGAAUAUGAAAUCAAGACUGAUCAUCCUGUUACAGCAGGCAAGAAAAAUCCAGUUACACUCUUAAAGGAAUUGUCAGCAAUAAAGUCUCGAUAUCAAACUUUGCAUGCACGCUUUAAAUCAAUUACUACAGAGCAGAAAGAGACUAAGAACCGCAUUUGUACUACUGUCAAUAAGACUAUGACCAUGAUACAAGAGCUACAAAAGCAAACAGACCUGGAGCUGUCACCACUGAGUAAAGAAGAGCAAACUGCAGCAGAACAAUUAAAAUCUUUCAUGUCAGACUUAUGAAGAAAUGGACUUGCAAAAGGGAAUUCUGAUGAAGAAGAGAUCCAUUCCAGAAAGAUUUAGGAAGAUGUCUUGUUAGCACUUGAUGACUAGAGGUGGGAGGAUGGAGAAGAAGAUUUGGUUGUGGUCACUGGAUAAUGACACCUUUUACAAGAGAGGAAACUAUAAGAAGGGCAGAUAUAGGAAUAAAGUUUAGCCGAAAGGAUGGGAUGGAAAUAAAGAGAUUUAAAAAUAAAUAUCACACGUAAUUAGUCUUAUAAUGAAAGGAAGUCACAUAACUCUAUUUUGCAUCUGUUUUUGUGUAGUUGGGAUAACAUGAAUGUCCUGGUCUAUCAAGAAAGGAUAUAUGUACUAUCAGAUGUGAAUGAGCAUGCUUUGGAAACUAAAGGAUAGAAAAAAAUAUUUGUAUUACAUUAUACAUAUGUAUAUAAUUUUAUUUUUGAAAAUAUUGAUUAUAGAUAAUGGUCACAUUAUUGAUGAGACUGCUAGUAUGUGGCCUCUAGUCCUCCAGAGAAGCUAACUUUGGUAAUAAUAAAUUGGCUUUUCUGUGAUAGCCUUACUUUUUUUGCUCUAUUCCUUCUGCCUGCAAUUGUUGAGCAACAUGAACUAUGACUUCAAAUAUUGUUUCAGACUGUCUCUUCUGUAUAUCAACACUACCUUUGUUCUCCUUCAGCCUGUAUUACUGUUAAUUGUUCAUUCUAUAUGGAAGCUAAGAAAGAGAAAUCAGAGGAUCACUGGCAACUGCAGGUUAUAGAAUUAUACUUUUAUAUAAUUAAAAAUUUGUUAUGAGCAUUUUAUUUGCCCAUUAACAAACUUAUAAUAGGUAAUAAACAGGGUUGGGAGAGUAGCUUCAGUUAAAAUUGUACUGUGCAGUUUGAAUAUUUAAAGAACAGAAAACUCCUAUUUUUUAAGUUACAGAGAAAUAAGUUACAUUUCAGUAACACAUUUUCUUCAGUACUCGGGCAGUUAAUAUUAAGGAAGUUUUUAUCCUGGAAUGGCUCUGGGAUGUGAUGUUGAUUGGUGGAAUUAAAAAAUAAUAGCAUCAUACUACUAUCAUAUCAUAGUAUUAGUAUCAUAGCAAGAUCCUGGAGUUUAUCCUCUGUGACUUUCUUCACAGUUGUGUUUUCAAUGUUGGUUCUUUCCCUCAGUCCCCUGAAAACUGUUCUCUGCGUACUUCUCUAUAAUAUUCAUUAGCUUCCCAAGUUUCAUUUAUUGACUCUUCGUGGAUGAUUCCCAGAUAUAACUUCUUCCAUUAGAUCUAGAUACAAAUUUCCAAUAAAAAUGUCUACCUGAAUAUUCAAAUUGAUUAUGUCCCAAGUACUUCCUGAUUUAAUUUUGUCAGUGGGCACUGUUUUGUUACCUGGAAUUAAAAAGUCUGCAUCCCUUUAUCUUCUUAGUCAAUAAAAUCUUCCUGAAAUGUUCUUAGUA